UGUGUGUGUGUGUGUAUCCCCUGAAGGCUCACAAACACUCCUCACAUUAUUAUGUGUAUGAAGUUUACGUGAUCUCAGGCUGUACAGACCAUUAUAAACAGAAGACGUGCGCGUGAAUGGAAGGUGUACAUAAGGUUACAGCUCGCGAUAUUUCGAUUCAGGGGACUGAUGACUUUUAACUUCUCAAAAGAAAAACUUCAGAUGUUUAUAUAAGGACCCAAGACUUCAGACCAUAUCCGACGGCUCUAUUCUGCUUUAUUACCAAUCGCGAUGCCGUUUUCUAUAACUUGGUUUCAUAUUUCUAAGUAAACAAAACUAACUUUCCAACAGUGAAGGUGUGGAUCGUGGAGCUCAGCAUGGAUCAUCAGACGCGUUUGAACACAGACUUUUACGUUUAUAAAGUCGUGCAGGGUGUUGGGAUUAUGUGGCGGAGAUUUAGUAAACCUUACCGUAUUGAAUGUAUUUGACUGCACUCGGAUGAAGUCAUGAGCCGUCGAGUGAUCAUCCUGUCUGGACUGAUUUGUCUCUGUAUGACACGGUGUUGUCCUUCCAGCCUGACACACUGCGACAAUGGCAAGACAAAUCUGGUCACAGACCUACCAGGACCUGACGAGCUUUUGUGUCAAGAGCUUUGGCCACAGUCACAGACGAAUAUGCCUGAUAUUGACACAAAACAUACUAUAAAGGCUCCUGGUCACAUCUGUAUGGAGACACCCAUAAUAUACAAUGACCGCAUACCAACCCAUGGUCCUUACCGGCCUGUUGAGGCAGAGAGUGGAGAGUAUCUUUACUGCCCCCCUCAGCGAUGGCUACACAACCUCAAAAUUGGAGCGCUGGUGUUUCUGUAUCACCCGUGUGUCUCAGCGGAAGCUCGCAGGAGUUUGGCGGGGUUGGCUCGCUCGUGUCUGUCUCAUUACAUCCUCACACCUCACCCCUGGCUCAGCCAACACAGACCUUUAGCGGUGGUCUCGUGGGGUCGCUCACUAGAGAUGUCUCGCAUCACGCUGGGGGUUUGUGAUUGGUUGUUUGCCAUUUCCUCCGAUAUUAGUCUGACUAAUACAAGCCAAAGAGCAAAGUACAAUCUAUAUUUGACAAAACCAGCACCUAUGGACAAACCGGAGAACACCAGUCAAGAGAUGUCCAAAGUGGAGAGAUUAAAGUUCCUUAAAAACUGCUGCAUGGAGACUCUCAGUCUCAUCGAGGUACAGAGGACCAGAGGGAGAACCAGGAAGAGCAGGAUGGUCGUCAAACAAUCCCUGAAAGAAGUGGAACUGAAAGAUGACGUCAAACCAGAAUCUGCUAAACUGAACCAUACAGACACACUACUACAAAAUCAUACAAAAAAGAUGGCCUCCUUCUCAGUGCUAACUGUUACACAAUCUCUCAGUUCUGCAAAGAACAAUUCAAAGACAACCGAGAAGCAAUUGCCACAAAAUAAUGUGACUAAAAGACAUGAAUACCAAACAGACAGAAAAACACAGAAGAAAACUAUGGCAGAAAGUAAGAAGCAUCGCAUUAAGACUGACACAAAAGCUCAGAGGUCUGGAUCUGAAUGCGGGGAGCUUGGACAGUGUGGAAUCUCAGACUCCUCAAAGUCUCCUCAUUUAGGAGGGCCACUGAGGGGCGAGAGGAUACCCAUACAACGUACAGAUGAGGCCGUGUGGGCAGCAGGCGCUUUGGGAUUCCUCUUAGUGCUUCUCACCCUGUCUGUGCUCCAUACACGCCUCUAUCGUCACUGGAGAUCUUCAACCAGUCUCUACUGGCAUGACGACCAGCAAGACUAUGAGAGUGUGGGUGACAUCAUCCGGCGGAGGCUUAGGAUGGUUGGUCGGAGGAAGAGGAGGAGUAUCCAGAACAGAAGACAGGAAUGUCCACUUUUGUCUAACUCCAGCAAUGAGGAGAACUCUGACUAAUGGACAGGACUGGUGAAGAUACAAGAAAUCAUACAAACUGUUGGAAUAUCUUCUGGCACUCAUGAAUAUGGACCUUUUUAUGAAGCUAAGGAUAGCUUUUGUCCAAAUUCAGACAAUACUUCAAAAAGACAAUUUGUCUCUGGUAUUUCAUAUAGUGACAGUUAAGUGAUAAAGGUUAAUCAUUUUAUUUCUGCAGACAGUUUUCUAACAUUUAGUUUCAACAUUUAAACAUUGUGUAACUUGUGUGUUGCAUUGUCUAUUGUUGUUAUAGCAUACUGGUUAAUUAAAGCCACGAUGAAAUGGAAGUAGUGACAAAUAAUAUUUGUCAUAUUGUGAUGUACAUCAAAGUGCAACGCAUUAUCAAAAGAGAAAAAAAGUAGGGUACGGACUUUAUUAUAUCCAUCAAUAGUUUAUUAGAUUUUGACAUAUGGGCAUUGAAUUCAAAAGUGAAGGCAGAAAGGCAUAUGUCACCAGAGAACCAGAAGGACUAGUUUGGACUUG